AUGGAGAAAGUCUUAAGGUCAAGCUUGGCGGGAAUCGACGAAGAGAAGAAAGAACCUGAUCACAAGAGGAAAGCUGAGAUAGACGAUGGUGCUGGACAAGACGCCCACAAGAAGCAACGGACCUCCAUCAAUCCAUCUGGCAGUUUCCAGCAACCUAGUCAAGGAGACCGUCGAGACGCUGCAUCCUCCCACAACGGACAUGGUCUUCACUUGCCAUAUGGAGCCGAAGGAGAUGUGGCAGAAAUCGGCGCUGUUCGCAAGCUGGAACCACCUGCAAACGAUAUCAUGACCCGGAAUGGUUUCGCGAUAGCCAGUCAAGACACUACUGCCACGACUGCCGAAACUGAAGUGACCACUGCGGCUCCAGCAAUGGAUGUGAACUGCACCAAAACUGCCGAGACGGCACAAGAUGUAUACGACAAGAUCCGAGCUUACGCACAGAAGAUCCUCGAAUGCUCCGAUCUCCAGAAAGAAAGCAUCAAGGAACAAGCUGACAGGAUUCGCUCUCUAGAGCUCUUUGGCUCUCCUGGCCUCGCUGCAGAGAAGAGGGAGAAAGAUAGGCUAGUUCAGGAAAAGCUGCUUCUCCACCAACAGCUUGAACACCUCCAAGAAAGCAGCAAGCAUACAGUCGAGAGCAUCACAGAAAUGGGAGGCAAGAUCAAGAGCUUGGAGAAGCAGAACGAGGAUAUGGGAGCGAGUCAGCAGAUCUUGAAGAGCGUCCUCCAACAUGUUUCUGGCCCAGUGCUGGGUCUGGAUAUCGACAAAUGCAUCGAGUUGAUUCGCGACGGCGAGCCGCACCAGCAGGCGGUCAUCCUGGCCAGUGCGGCAUACAGCUCUUUCACAAAGAAAGAAUGA